CAAAGUGUAGCCCCGCCCCCGCUUCCCCCUCGCUGUCUCCUCGGCCUGCGCUGCCGCCGCCGACGCCGCUCCGUCCGCUUCGCCGCUUUUCUGCCCAAGCGCUGCCCGGCCGGCCGCCAUGGCGAACGUGGUCGACACGAAGCUGUACGACAUCCUGGGCGUCCCGCCCGGCGCCAGCGAGAACGAGCUGAAGAAGGCAUACAGGAAGCUCGCCAAGGAAUACCAUCCUGAUAAGAACCCAAACGCUGGUGACAAAUUCAAAGAAAUAAGUUUUGCAUAUGAAGUUCUGUCAAACCCUGAGAAACGCGAGCUCUAUGACCGAUACGGAGAACAAGGCCUUCGGGAAGGUAGCGGCGGAGGUGGUGGCAUGGAUGACAUUUUCUCUCACAUUUUUGGCGGGGGAUUGUUUGGCUUCAUGGGCAAUCAGAAUAGAAGUCGAAAUGGCAGAAGAAGAGGAGAAGACAUGAUGCAUCCACUCAAAGUGUCUUUAGAAGACCUGUACAACGGCAAGACAACCAAACUGCAGCUUAGCAAGAAUGUCCUCUGUAGCGCGUGCAACGGCCAGGGCGGGAAGUCAGGGGCCGUUCAGAAGUGCAGCGCCUGCCGGGGCCGCGGUGUGCGCAUCAUGAUCAGGCAGCUGGCCCCGGGCAUGGUGCAGCAGAUGCAGUCCGUGUGCUCCGACUGCAGCGGAGAAGGAGAGGUGAUUAAUGAAAAGGACCGCUGUAAAAAAUGCGAAGGGAAGAAGGUGAUUAAAGAAGUCAAGAUUCUCGAAGUCCACGUGGACAAAGGCAUGAAACACGGACAGAGAAUUACGUUCACUGGGGAGGCCGACCAGGCUCCAGGAGUGGAACCAGGGGACAUUGUUCUUCUGCUACAAGAGAAAGAACACGAGGUGUUCCAGCGAGACGGGAACGAUCUGCACAUGACGUAUAAGAUAGGGCUCGUCGAGGCGCUUUGCGGGUUCCAGUUCGCCUUCAAGCACCUCGACGCGCGCCAGAUCGUGGUGAAGUACCCCCCCGGCAAGGUCAUCGAGCCCGGGUGUGUCCGUGUGGUGCGGGGGGAGGGGAUGCCGCAGUACCGCAACCCCUUUGAGAAAGGCGACCUCUACAUAAAGUUUGACGUGCAGUUUCCGGAGAACAACUGGAUCAACCCGGACAAGCUUUCUGAACUAGAAGAUCUUCUGCCAUCGAGACCGGAAGUCCCAAACAUCAUUGGAGACACAGAGGAGGUAGAGCUUCAGGACCUUGACAGCACCCGGGGCUCAGGAGGCGGACAGAGGCGCGAGGCCUACAACGACAGCUCCGAUGAGGAGGGCAGCAGCCACCACGGACCAGGGGUGCAGUGCGCCCACCAGUGAGCCCGCGCAGGGCGCGGGGGCGUCCCCCCUUGGCGGCCCGGUCUGCCCGCGAGCGGCUGGGGUGUCUGGUCGAUCCAAAUGAACUGAUGGACAUUUCUUGGUCUCUGUGUAACUUUUAAAAUCGGUAGAGUAUCUACAGAGUGUAUAAUUUAAACUAACCACACAGCUCCCGUCUGCAUUCUGGCUCUCCUGCAGCGGGACAGAGCACUUGAGAGGAAACGAGACCUCCACGCGUGGGCUCUGCGUUUCAGUCCUGCCGUCUGUGCUUGGUUUUCAUCAGUUUUGUGUAGAUUUUUUGUUUCAUAUUUUAAAUUCAACCCCACAUUGUAAAGUUUGUGUACAAUUUGUCAUUGAAGCUUUGUGUUUGGCUGCACCUGCAUAAUAAGCUGCUACAAAUAGAAUAAAGAAUUUCAUAGCCUGUAUCUCUCGUUUGGGUGCAUGGAGGUGGGCGUUGCCCACAGUGGGUUUGGAGCCGGCUGGGAACAGUGGGAAAUUCCGGUGGCUGUGGUUGUUGAGUUUCGGGGUUUUUUUCUUUUCUUUCUUUUUUUUUAUCUUGUGGAAAGUUUUCGAAACUCCGUAAUAAAAAGCAGUUGGUGUAAAUUA